AUGUCGACUCAAGUAAAUCUAACAGAUCUUCUUCAAGCAAUCAUUCGUGCUCUGAACGCAUUCAAUCUUGAAGCUGGUUCAGCACUCAUCGAACGAGCUGUUGCGAAUAUUAAUGAUGAUCCUGACAAUACUCAAUUACUGGCUAAUCUAAAACUGGAACUUGGUCGAUUGCCACCACUAGCAAACCUCAAUAUGCAUGGCGAAAUGCUUUGGUUCAUUCAAGCAGUAAUUGGAUAUGUACAAGCUGCCAAUGUGAUCGAUAAAAAACUCGUGACACGGGCUAUCGAAAAGCUUUAUCGUGGUAUAGAACCAUUUGCUCGAAAUGACACACAACGAACGGCCUUGAUCGAAAUGGAAACUGCUAAAGACGAUGCACUCGGUAUCGAACCACGCCAUCGAAAAGGCAACAAACUAAGCAACCAAUGGAUCGACGACGAGAAAGAGAAGGAGGCCGACGACGUCAAAGAUUUACAUAUGACUCGUGAGCUAAAGUCAAGUGACUACUGA